CCUGCUUCAUGGCUCUUUAAAUACCGGCAAUACCACUCUUCAGACGCCCAGUUUUAUCAGAGAAAUCGUCGAACUUGUCUCAUAAAAAUGUAUCACAAAAUGUUAGUUUUUGUCAUCCUCGUUACAGUUUUCAACAUUGUCUGCGGUAUGCCGACAGAAACUCAAAACGCUUCAGUAAUGUGCAAACUCCCUGAGGCUCGAGGACAUUGUAGGGCGCUUUUGCCGCGAUGGAGAUACGAUCCUGCGACAGGGAAAUGUCACGAAUUCAAAUUUGGGGGAUGUGACGGCAACGGAAAUAAUUUCAUGACGUACAAAGCUUGUAUGAGUGUUUGUGCAGGGGUUUAAGGAGGAAUUUUACACGAUUUUGUGAUGCAGUAUUAGGAGUUUUUGGUGUUCAUGUGUUCUUUUAAUUUAGCUUAGUUUAUUUAUUGUGAUAGGAGUGCACGAUUAUUUUAUACAAUGGAAUUUUUUACAAAUAAAAAUUAAUAUAAC